CAAACCAAGAUGAUUAUACUGUCGAAGUUGAUUGUAACCCAAACAUGGUCACAUUUACCUGCAAGUCAAACAAGGUCACAUUUAUUUGCAAGAAACACGAGGAAGUUGCAGCUGAAAAAGAUUUUUCUGAAUUUUAUUAUAUAAUCUCAUCUGGAAACCCAGAUCUCGGUUUGAAUUUUGAUGAUGAUUCCAGUUCAAUUCUGAAUCUUCGUUCAUUUAAGGACAAUACAAAUGCACAAUGGAAAAUUCAACGAAUUGAUAAUUCUGAAGUUGAUCCUGCAGAAACUGACAAUAUAACUCUAUGGACAAUCAGUAGCAAAAAAACUGAUGGCACACAAUUCUUAUACCCGAAUAAUACUGAGGAUAUGUGUCUAGAUGCUUGGGAAAAUAAACUUAUUGAUGGUUGUAAAGUUCGUCUACAUCCGCCUCAUGGCGGGCCUAAUCAACAAUGGACUCUUCAGCAAGUCAACGAUGAUUACACCGUCGAAAAAAGUGAGGAAGUUGCAGCUAAAAAAGUCAAAAAAGAUUUUUCUGAAUUUUAUUAUAUAGUCUCAUCUGGAAACCCAGAUCUCGGUUUGAAUUUUGAUGAUGAUUCCAGUUCAAUUCUGAAUCUUCGUUCAUUUAAGGACAAUACAAAUGCACAAUGGAAAAUUCAACGAAUUGAUAAUUCUGAAGAUGGCUUAUCGUUAACAGAUAGCUCGCCAAUAAAAGAUGUUAUUCUUAUAAACAAAAAAACUGGCAAGGCCAUGAAAUAUCAAAAACAGGAAACUGGGGCAGAAAUUACUCAAGUUGAUCCUGCAGAAACAGACAAUAUUACUCUAUGGACAAUCAGUAGCAAAAAAACUGAUGGCACUCAAUACAUAUACCCGAAUAAUACUGAGAAUAUGUGUCUAGAUGGUUGGGAUGCUAAACUUAUUGAUGGCUGUAAAGUUCGUCUAUAUCCGCCUCAUGACGG